AUGAAUAUUGACCAAGCAGAAAAAGAAAAUGAUGAGAACCCUACACCUGCUAAUCUUUACCGUCUUCGCUCCGCUCAGAACACCAAGUUAAUGUUGGAGGUGCAGGAGAGGAAUAUAGUGAUGCUGCAAAUGCUUAGAACAAUUUAUGCUGCGCAAGAUGCUGCAAAUGCUGAGGAAGAAGCUGCAAAUGCUGAGGACGAAAUGGUGAUGCAAAUGGUGAAGAAGCUCAAGGUGGGCAGGCAAAUGCUGGAAAUGUGGAUGAGACUGGAGAUGAAGACAACAAGGAUGAUGAGGAUUCUGAGAAAGAUGNAUGCUGAGGACGAAAAUGGUGAUGCAAAUGGUGAAGAAGCUCAGGGUGGGCAGGCAAAUGCUGGAAAUGUGGAUGAGACUGGAGAUGAAGACAACAAGGAUGAUGAGGAUUCUGAGAAAGAUGAUGAUGAUUCUGAGGGAGCAGAUGUUGAGGAAUAUUCUGAGACAGAUGAGGAUGAUGAUUGUGGUGGAGCGAAUGCUAAGGAUUCUGAGAAAGAUGAUGAUGAUGAUUCGGAGACAAAUGAGGAUGAUGAUUCUGAGGGAGCGAAGGCUAAGGAUUCUAAGGCUGAGGAUUCUGAGGGAGUGGAUACUAAGGAUUCAGAGGAUGAAGAUGAUUGA